CACAGUGGGGCAGAUUGGCGUUGCCUGAAAUUGAGAAUGAAAAAAAGAGGGAAGGAAACAAAGGAAGACAGAUCGCCGAUCGUAGAAGCGCCAUGACCGUCCGUUGCAGCUCUUUUCUUCUCGUAUUCUUGCUGUUCUCGUGUUCCUGUAUCUUACCCUCUGCAAGGGCUGAGGUUAUCACCCUCACAGCUGAUACCUUCGCAGACAAGGUGAAGGAGAAGAGCACUGUGUGGUUCGUGCAGUUCUGUGUCCCUUGGUGUAAAUAUUGUAAGAAGUUGGGCUCAUUGUGGGAGGACUUGGGGAGGGCUGUGGAAGGGGAAGAUGAGAUUGAGAUAGGGCAGGUUGAUUGCAGUACAAGUAAAUCAGUAUGUACCAAAGUCGAUAUUCAUUCUUAUCCUACAUUUAAGGUCUUCUACGAUGGAGAAGAAUUCGCAAAAUAUAAAGGUACAAAGGAUGUUGAAUCACUUAAAGCAUUCGUCUUGGAAGAAGCGGAGAAAGCAGCAAGUGGGCAGCUGGUCGAUGAUAAGGAUGAGUUGUGAUAGCUUCUUGACAUGUGUUCCCAUCUGUUUUUCUGCUGUAGCAUAGCAUAUUCAUGAAGAAAACAAAGAUCCUGAUGUCCUUUUCUGCAUUUCCCUUCACAAGUGUGAUUAGGAUGAUCCAUUUGAAGGACCAUUGGUAUUAGUCUUUCUUUUUUGCAUACUCACUUCAAACAUUGUUUCUUGCAAUUGGCAAUGAUGUAGAGGGGUUCCAUUCGGGUGGUAGCAGUACAGGGGCUGGGCUGAUUCCGAACCUGUAAGGGGAGGUAAAAGGUGAGACUGAUUCCCUUUCAUCACUUACUGUUUCUGAGGGCUGGAAUUGCAGAUAAGUUAAUGCACACUGGAUUUUCUAAUAGUCGUGUGAAGAUGGUAGGCUGGAAUCUAGCAGCAUUUCAAAAUUUCAAAUUCUCAAAAGUCUACAUUAAAAUCUAAGGAUAACCCUCCCAUAAUUUAUGAAUGAUGAGAGAAUAAGUGUUCA